AUGGCUGGAUCUAGAUUUAUUUCCAACAGAACCUCCCAACCUGCUCUCUUAUCUAACUCCGAUUACACCUGGGAGUACGAAUAUUAUGAAUACGGGCCAGUUUCUUUUGAAGAUCUCAAAGCUCAUAAGUAUUCCAUUGUGAUUGGGUUUUGGGUCGGCCUUGCCGUCUUUGUCAUUUUUAUGUUCUUUGUACUGACCUUGUUGACAAAGACAGGAGCACCACACCAAGAGAAUGCAGACUCUUCCGAGAAAAGGCUCUGCAUGAACAACUUUGUGGCUGACUUUGGUGGGCCGCUGGAUUCUGACAGGAUCUUUUCUUCACAAGCUGCUGAAGAAUCUAGGUUGCUCUUCCACUGCUAUGUCGAUGAAUUUGAGAAUAUGGACAGGGAAAAACAGUGCCUCAAAAUGCCAGUUGUGGACAGAAAGAUCCACUUUCAGGAGCUAAUUCAGAACAGUAGGAGACUGGAAGAAGAGCUAAAUUGCCAUAGCAAGUUCAACAUCCCCAAUUUUGUGAACACUGACCAGAAUUCUUCCCUGGGUGAAGACGAUCUGCUGAUUGCACAGCCACCAAUAAUUUUAGAGAGCAAACCAGCGAGUCAGGCUUCCUAGCAAAUUCUUGACUGAAGAAACAUGGAACAAAAUAUUUCUGGAUUGUUCUUGAUUUUAGCUGGGAUUCUUCCUAUGUUAGAAUCACACAUUUGGGGUCUAUAUUAAAACAGAACACAUGUAUGUCACAAUGUC